GUCCCUGAGUUCCCGGAAUAGGAGUAGUGGAGACCUGGAACAAGUUCGAACUAAAAUAUUGAAUCUUGAAUCGGAUUUAAACUGUGCUAUGCGGAUAUCUAACAAAUGUAUAGCAGACAGAUUAAAGAUCGAUGAAGAGAAAAGGUUUUUGCUUCAGCAGUUGAAGGAUUCGAUGAGAAGUGUGUCUACGCUAGAAUCUCAGUUGAAACUACUCUCAGCAUCAACAUUAUCCAUGUCUAGUAGUUCCUCUCUAGGAUCCCUCUCAUCGUCUUAUGCUUCUUCUAAAGGUUCUCUGUCCUCUCUCUCCUUCACAGAUAUUUACGGGUUGAGUACAACCCAGCAACCAGACUCCUCCAUGCUUGACCUCCAUCGGCGGGUGGAGAAAAUACUCAUCGGCGGUGCUCCGCCUCAAGCCCAGGAGGAGCUUCUUGACUCCAGCCACCACCUCCAGGAUCAGAAUCUCAAUACUCCGACCACACCCUCCCAGCUCUCCUUGUCUCCACGUAGUUCCUUAAGUUCAGUUUCCCCGCCAGUAUCACCGUACGACCCGCCGCUACCACCAACCUACGAACAGGCGUACGGUGGCUCCCAGGAACGUCAGAAAAGGCAGGCGGGGUCUUCCGGGGUUCAAGGAGGACAUAUCUCUGGUUUAACAAGUACUCAACAGGGGCUGUUCAAUCACCUGCAGGCCCCGUAUUUACAGGGGCAACAUAACCAGCCCCAGGGGGCACAGGGGCUUCAGCUCCAGGGGUCCCAAGGAAACUCGUUCCAGGGGUAUCAAGGAAACCAGUUCCCAGGGUCUCAAGGGAAUCAGUACCAGGGGCCCCAGGGGAACCUAUAUUACCAGGACCCUGAGCAAGAUCAGCGGAGAUUUCAUCCUGCCGCAGUUCAAGGAGUACCUGGAGCAUCUGGAGGAAACCCGACCAGUUCCUUCCAUUCUCCUGUAAAACGAAGCCUGCCACCUAAACCUUAUCGUGAACUUGAACUCGGAGAUUUAUCCUACUCAUAUUCUCCAUCGUCCCUUCUUAUAAAUCGCCGACCUGGGCAAGAAUCUAUCGGCGGCGGCGAUUUAAGCGCGCCUUUAUCCCCCAUCUCAGAAACAGCCAACGACGAACGAAAACCAGGAUCUAGCAAUCCACGCUCUGUUUCUGCGGCCGUCAGCGACGAAUCAGUGGCCGGAGAUUCUGGUGUAUUUGAGGCGUCAUCUAAAAAGGAAGAUCUAGGAUUGUCUAUGAAUCUUGAAACUGCUCAAGUACAAAUCAAACUGAGAUACUCCAGCGUGGAUAGCCUACUCCAUAUCGGUAUAGAGAAAGCCCGUAAUUUGACCGUGCUUUUUAUACCCGAGGGACGUAAAGUAUGUAUCAAGGCAGCCCUGCUGCCCUGUAUCGCGAACGUCUCCUACACGUUCUGUACCCGGUCCCUUAGUAACCUUACCAAACCAAACUUUGGAGAGAACUUCCCAGUUGCAAUCUCACAAUCCAAGCUUGUAACUAAAACAUUACAGGUUAAUGUUUGGGCCGUUGACGAGCAAGGAAGAGAAGAUUGUCUAGGUUCAGCUCAGGUUUCAAUGGCUGACUUUAACAGCAGCACAACCUCUGUGAAAUGGUAUAAUGUCCUCAGCUUUCAUUUUAUGCAACCAGAGGUUAAACGACCUCCACAGGCGACUAGGCCAGCCAGCCUUCAUGUUAAACAGGAGAGUGAGAUAAGUAGUAUGGGAUCUAGACAGGGUACCUUGAAGGAAGAAUCCUCAGAUGAAAGUACGAUUAUAUCUUCACAAACCUCAACUCUAACCAGGAACAUAGGGACAGACAAUCUACACCAGGAGGAUUCCACCUUCUAUCCCCUGGAGGUUGAAUAUGAGGAUGAGGAUGAAGAGGAAGAGGAAGAUGAGGAGGAUGAGGAAGAAGGACAGGAGUUUCAUAUUAACGAGCAUGCGGCUGGUCUUCUCUACUCAGCUCCAGCCAGGAAUAUCAGGGAGGACAAGGAGACAAAUACAGAGUGUGUGUUUAUCCAACCUCCCCUCAUCAAGGGAGCUUCGCGCCCUCUAGCAUCAGCUCCAACUAUUGUUAAAAGAUCUAAAACUUUCAGCCCCAGUGCUCCUAUCAGCAAAUCUCAGUAUGCUUGCAGAUUAAAUCGUAGCGACAGUGAUAGCGCCAUGCCUUUGUAUCGUCGUCUUCCAUUUCAACGGAAUAGCAGAGAACGGCGGUCUCUCCAUGUACCCGCCACGGCGGUUAAAUCUCGAAGUAAAGGUGGUGGUGUAAACUUGACCUCGUUAGAUCUAGAACUAGAUCUGGCUGCCCAGCAAUCUAGGCUGAAGGUUUUAUCUGACGAGAUAUCUCGGCUGCGUGUAAUAAAAGAAGAACUGGAGAAAGCAAAGAGUUCUGGAGAAAUACCUGAUUGGGUUCAAGAGGAUUCAAAAUUUCAGCAUCUCCUUCUAAAGCUGGAGCAGAAUAAAGAGGAUAAAAGUCCAGAGGAGAAAAGAAUGGAAAAACUUCUGAGAAAAACUGCGAAAGAAAUUUACAAACUUCGACGAACAAAAACAAAUAAAGGCCAGCUUGAUGUACAAUCCUUUAGGGAAAAGAUGGCUUUCUUUACUUGCAUUAAAUCUAGCGUGCCAAUACUCGGAGAUUACGAGGAUGAUAUUAACGCCGUCUCCCCCCUUUUCUUCACCACCCCCACCCCACAGGAGGAGACCACCUCCCCCCUCUUCUUUACCACCCCAACCCCUCAAGAGGAGACCCUUAGGGCAGGGUUUAGCACGGAGACCGUGGAUACCCUCACGGAUAGGUCGUGUACCGCCCAGGAAGAGGAGACGGGAAAAGAACGGUCGUCUUCCCAGAAUUCUACCCCGACUCCCACCAAACAAAUCGAGCGCUUUGUCUACGAAAUUGAUCCAGACCUUGGAGCAUUUGUGUAAAUUCUAAAAUGUUUUUCUUUCGUGAGGGGGGGGGGACUGUGUUGAAAAUGUGAUAAAUUGUUGUUCUUCUGUUCUUAAAUCAAAAUUAUUUUAUUAAUCUUUCCAAGCGAUUUAGUCUUUUCAAUUUAAACAGUGCUUCAGAAUUUAUGAAAAAUGAAAAUCUCUAGAUUAAUUGUGAUAUUUUUUUCUAAAAAAAACCCCAAGGUCCAAGUUUCUGUAUCCAUCAAUACAAUUUCUGAGCUUCAACUCAAUUUUGCUCAACCUUAGGUCGUCUUCCAGUUUUCAAUAUCUGCCAAUGGCACCAAUUUUAGCAAAAUAAAAGUUUAAAACGGGUGUUUGGCAGUCGAAUAUUACGUUAAUAAUCUUUUAAUAAUUGCCGCUUGAUCAUGUUUAUAGAAAUGUCACCUUUAAGUAUAUUUUUAAUUUGUCUAUAAUUAAGUUUUUAUUUAAAAUGUCUGUCUGUUAUAGUAGAAGGAGUAGAAUAGGGACUAACGUCAAUUUAAGCGGUUUUUAACCAAUCACAUUCUAAGAUUUUGUCUUAAUUUUGUUUUUGGGAGUUGAUUGCAUAAAUCUUGUCAGAAAAAAAUUAAAGAAUUCGUAUUUUUGUACAACCCAAUAACAAGAAAGAUUUAUCAAGAUAUAUCAAUCAAAAUUUAUUAGUUUUUAUUUUCAAAUGUUCCCGCCAUAACCAACAGUUCAGCAAAGCGUUUUUGCGGAUUUUCUGUACAAUGCGUUGUUGCAAUUGGUUUGGUUUUGGUUGGAUAAUUGUACCUGAAUAGAUUGGUAGCCUAUAGUAUUAGUAUAUAGGUCCUAUGUAAUGUUUCGUUAUAGUAAUAAUUUAGAAAUAAAUUUUUAAUCGUUA